AUGGCAUCAUACAGAGAUGUAAGAGACGGGGAAAUCUCUUUCACUUGCAAAAUCCCUUCAACAGUCUCGUCGGUUCCUGGUUCAUUUGACCUCCUCUUCUAUGCCCCUUCCUCCUACAGCAAAACGCCAAGUCCCAAGAAGCAUCCAUUGCUCAUCAACUUUCACGGCGGCGGCUUCACUAUUGGUCAUGCCUACGAUGAUGCACGAUGGGCAACAGCAGUGACAUCUCAGACCUCGGCCGUCUUCGCCAGCGUGGAAUACCGUCUAGCACCCGAAUACCCCUUUCCUAUUGGCAUUGAAGACUGCGUGUCCGCGGUCCUCUGGCUGUGGAAACACGCAGACGAAUACAAUCUCGAUAUUUCCAAGACGGCAUUCUCAGGCUUCAGUGCUGGUGGUAAUUUCGUCUAUGCUGUUUCCAUCCGGCUAAACCAGGAGUUGGAGCGACUAAAAAAAGAAAACAAACUCGAUGGAUUGAAGGAAGGAAAACUGGUUAACUUGGUGGUGUUUUAUGGGAGCACGGAUUAUACGGAAUCCCGCGCAGAAAAGGACGCUUCAAAUCCGAACCUCAUUCCGGUCAUCCCGCCGCUCCUUCUCAAGCUGUUCGACGAGUCGUAUCUUUACCUAAACCCGGAUAAGACUUCACCCCUACUUAGUCCCGGUCUUGCCUCAGAUCAACUCCUCAGAGACGCGUUCCCGGAGUCAUUGGUAAUGAUAAACUGUGCCGGCGACCAGUUGUUGGCUGAAAGCGAGAUUUUCAGGAAGAGACUGAAGGAAUUAGGAAAGCAGGUUGACGGAUAUGUUGUAGAGGGUGUUGGUCAUGGAUGGGAUAAAAGCCCCUCGUUCAAGAGAGGAAACGUGAAGAGAGACGAGGCGUACACACUUGCAGUGAAAAGUCUGGAAGGAGUGUGGACUUCAGUCUGA